AUGGACCCCAGACAUCCUCUAAACCAGGAGUUUGAGCUCCUCCACUCUGGGAGAUGUUCCAGGGCACCAGACCACCAGAACACCAGGGCACAAGACCACCAGAACACCAGGGCACCAGAACACCACGGCACCAGGGCACCAGGGCACCAGGGCACCAGGGCACCAGACCACCAGGGCACCAGACCACCAGGGCACCAGGGCACCAGAGCACCAGGGCACCAGGGCACCAGGGCACCAGAGCACCAGAGCACCAGAGCACCAGACCACCAGACCACCAGGGCACCAGGGCACCAGGGCACCAGGGCACCAGAACACCAGGGCACCAGGGCACCAGGGCACCAGGGCACCAGGGCACCAGGGCACCAGAGCACCAGAACACCAGGGCACCAGACCACCAGGGCACCAGACCACCAGGGCACCAGACCACCAGGGCACCAGACCACCAGGCCACCAGGGCACCAGGGCACCAGGGCACCAGGGCACCAGAACACCAGGGCAACAGAACACCAGAACACCAGGGCACCAGGACACCAGCACACCAGGGCACCAGAACACCAGAACACCAGAACACCAGGGCACCAGGACACCAGAACACCAGGGCACCAGAACACCAGAACACCAGGGCAACAGAACACCAGGGCAACAGAACACCAGGGCACCAGGGCACCAGGGCACCAGAGCACCAGGGCAGCAGUGCACCAGGGCAACAGAACACCAGGACACCAGAACACCAGGGCACCAGAACACCAGGGCACCAGAACACCAUGGCACCAGGGCACCAGGGCACCAGAACACCAGGGCAACAGAACACCAGAACACCAGGGCACCAGAACACCAGGGCAACAGAACACCAGGGCAACAGAACACCAGGGCACCAGAACACCAGGGCACCAGAACAUUAUGGCACCAGGGCACCAGGGCACCAGAACACCAGGGCAACAGAACACCAGAACACCAGAACACCAGGGCACCAGAACACCAGGGCAACAGAACACCAGGGCACCAGAACACCAGGGCACCAGAACACCAGGGCAACAGAACACCAGGGCAACAGAACACCAGGGCACCAGAACACCAGGGCACCAGAACACCAUGGCACCAGGGCACCAGGGCACCAGAACACCAGGACACCAGAACACCAGGGCAACAGAACACCAGGGCAACAGAACACCAGGGCAACAGAACACCAGGGCACCAGAACACCAGGGCAACAGAACACCAGGGCAACAGAACACCAGGGCACCAGAACACCAUGGCACCAGGGCACCAGGGCACCAGAACACCAGGGCACCAGAACACCAGGGCACCAGAACACCAGGGCACCAGGGCAACAGAACACCAGGGCAAUAUAACACCAGGGCACCAGAACACCAGGGCACCAGAACACCAGGGCACCAGAACACCAUGGCACCAGGGCACCAGGGCACCAGAACACCAGGGCACCAGACCACCAGGGCACCAGGGUACCAGACCACCAGGGCACCAGGGUACCAGACCACCAGGGCACCAGAACACCAGGGCAACAGAACACCAGGACACCAGGGUACCAGAACACCAGGGCAACAGAACACCAGGACACCAGAACACCAGAACACCAGGGCACCAGAACACCAGGGCACCAGAACACCAGGGCACCAGGGCACCAGACCACCAGGGCACCAGAACACCAGAACACCAGAACACCAGGGCAAUAUAACACCAGGGCACCAGGGCAACAGAACACCAGGGCACCAGAACACCAGGGCACCAGAACACCAGGGCACCAGGGCACCAGAACACCAGGGCACCAGAACACCAGAACACCAGGGCACCAGAACACCAGGGCAAUAUAACACCAGGGCACCAGGGCACCAGAACACCAGGGCAACAGAACACCAGGGCAACAGAACACCAGGGCACCAGAACACCAGGGCACCCGAACACCAGAACACCAGAACACCAGGGCAAUAUAACACCAGGGCACCAGGGCACCAGAACACCAGGGCAACAGAACACCAGGGCACCAGAACACCAGGGCACCAGAACACCAGGGCACCAGAACACCAGAACACCAGGGCACCAGAACACCAGGGCACCAGGGCACCAGAACACCAGGGCACCAGGGCAACAGAACACCAGGGCAAUAUAACACCAGGGCACCAGAACACCAGGGCACCAGAACACCAUGGCACCAGGGCACCAGGGCACCAGAACACCAGGGCACCAGACCACCAGGGCACCAGGGUACCAGAACACCAGGGCACCAGAACACCAGGGCAACAGAACACCAGGACACCAGGGUACCAGAACACCAGGGCAACAGAACACCAGGACACCAGAACACCAGAACACCAGGGCACCAGAACACCAGGGCACCAGAACACCAGGGCACCAGGGCACCAGGGCACCAGACCACCAGGGCACCAGAACACCAGAACACCAGAACACCAGGGCAAUAUAACACCAGGGCACCAGGGCAACAGAACACCAGGGCACCAGAACACCAGAACACCAGGGCACCAGAACACCAGGGCACCAGAACACCAGGGCACCAGAACACCAGAACACCAGGGUACCAGAACACCAGGGCAACAGAACACCAGGGCACCAGAACACCAGGGCACCAGAACACCAGAACACCAGGGCACCAGAACACCAGGGCACCAGAACACCAGAACACCAGGGCACCAGAACACCAGGGCACCAGAACACCAGGGCACCAGAACACCAGGGCAACAGAACACCAGGGCAACAGAACACCAGAACACCAGGGCACCAGAACACCAGGGCACCAGAACACCAGGGCACCAGAACACCAGAACACCAGGGUACCAGAACACCAGGGCAACAGAACACCAGGGCACCAGGGCAACAGAACACCAGGGCACCAGAACACCAGAACACCAGGGCACCAGAACACCAGGGCACCAGAACACCAGAACACCAGAACACCAGGGCACCAGAACACCAGGGCACCAGAACACCAGGGCACCAGAACACCAGGGCAACAGAACACCAGGGCAACAGAACACCAGGGCAACAGAACACCAGAACACCAGAACACCAGGGCACCAGAACACCAGGGCACCAGAACACCAGGUUGUGACCAAGGUGACGUGUGCUUUCCUCAGCUAG